UUUCACCGAGGGGGGAAAAGAUUUGGCGCGGACUUUUCUGUUAUUGUGUUGACCUGGUGGCGCUGGGCAAGCGUCAUGGCUCCCGUCUCAAACCCCGACAAAGACAUGGACACACAGGACGGAGACGAUGGAGGUGAUGCCUGUGGUCUGGCCAAGUCUCGCUCCAGACGGGAGAAGAGGGAGAAGGUUGGGAGGAAGUCUGCUCUGGAGCAACUGAGAAAGGCCAAGCGAGGGGAGAAGAUCAAAUAUGAGGUGGAGGAGUUUAGCAGCGUGUAUGAGGAGGUGGAUGAGGCACAGUACUCCAAGAUAGUCCAGGACAGACAAGAGGAUGACUGGAUUGUUGAUGAUGAUGGAGUAGGCUACGUGGAGGACGGUAGAGAGAUCUUUGAUGAUGAUUUGGUUGAUGACGUAGUGGAAAAGAAACAAGGAAAUGCUAGCAGCAAAGGCGCCACCUCAAAGAAACAAAUGAAAAAAGCAACGGUGGCAAAGCCCAACAGCAUUAAGAGCCUCUUCAUGAACAGCAAUGUCAAGAAGCCAGCGGAGAAAGAUGUGGACUUGUCCAAGGAUGAUUUGUUGGACGACAUCUUACAAGACCUGCACUCAGAGAAAAGCACCAUCCUGUUUCCUCCGCCUGUCACACUGAAGAAAAAGAAAUCCCUUGGAUCGCCAAGGAAUCCGUUCUCUAUCAAACCUCAGGUGUCCAAAGAGCCCACUCCAGCUAAGGCGAAAGUGAUCCGACCACCACCACUUGACACCCAGAGGCCAUCAGUCACUCAGUCUCCUCCCUCAAAAAGGGCUCCAGCAGUGGAGAAAGAAACAGAAACAAAAACAGCCAAGAAGGAAGAGGAAGGUGAUAAAGCUGAAGAUCUGGCGUUUGACACCAUGGACUUUGAUGAGCCAAUGGAGGUCGGACUUGAGGAACCUCCAGAGCCUGCAGUCACAGAAGAGGCCCCGUCUGAAUGUAAAGCAGCCCUUGCGGCUCCAGUCAAAGAUGAGCCUCAGGACACUUUCCGCCUCAUGUCAGGAGGCUCGUGGGGGCUGGAGGAUGACAACGGUGCAGUCAGCGAGGCUCCUGCGGAGGUGCAAGUGGACUCCAGCAAGCUGCCACUGGUAGCGGGUCCAGAUGGCGAGAAUGUUUUCAGAUUCUAUUGGCUGGAUGCUUUUGAAGACCCUUACAAUCAAGCAGGCGUGGUCUAUCUGUUUGGAAAGGUGUGGAUCGAGUCGGCCCAGUUUUAUACAAGCUGCUGCGUCUCCAUCAGGAACAUCGAGCGCACUAUGUAUAUCCUGCCACGUGAAUAUAAAGUAAACCCCAGGACGGAGGAGGUGUCUGAUACACCCGUUGAAAUAAUGGACGUCUACCAGGAGUUCAGUGAGCUUUCUGACAAGUUUAAGAUCAUGAAGUUCAAGUCCAAGAAAGUGGAGAAGAACUAUGCCUUUGAAAUUCCUGAUGUGCCCAUGCAAAGCGAAUACCUGGAAGUCCGCUAUUCAGCUGACUUCCCUGCUCUGCCGCCUGAUCUCAAGGGGGCAACAUUUUCCCACAUUUUUGGAACCAACACUUCCAGCUUGGAACAUUUCCUCCUCAGUAGGAAGAUUAAAGGGCCAUGCUGGUUGGACAUCAAGACACCACAGCUUCUCAGUCAGGCGGUGAGCUGGUGCAAAGUAGAGGCUCUGGCCCCGAGGAGUGACCUGGUCACCGUGGUCAAAGACUUGGCGCCGCCGCCCGUCACAGUCAUGUCUAUCAGCCUCAAGACUGUCCAGAACCCCAAGACCCAUCACAAUGAGAUAGUGUCUCUGGCAGCACUUGUCCACCAUAGUUUCCAUAUGGACAAAGCUCCACCUCAACCGCCCUAUCAAACUCAUUUUUGUGUGGUGACCCAACCUACCGACUGUAUGUUCCCAUAUGAUUUCAAUGAUGCAGUAAGAAAGAAGAAUGCUAAAGUGGAGAUAGCCACUAAAGAGAGAACUCUACUUGGCUUCUUCCUUGCCAAGCUUCACAAAAUUGAUCCUGAUGUUCUUGUGGGUCACGACAUUUUUGGCUUUGACCUCGAAGUGCUACUGCAGCGAAUCACUUACCUCAAAGUUCCGCACUGGUCCAAGAUCGGACGCCUCAGGAGGGCCAACAUGCCAAAACUAGGGGGCCGCAGCACCUUUGCAGAGAAGAGCGCCACCUGUGGCCGCCUUGUGUGCGACACAGAGAUUUCUGCCAAGGAGCUGAUUCGCUGCAAGAGUUACCAUCUGACUGAGUUGGUUGUGCAGGUGCUGAAGACUGAGCGAGCCAACAUCCCAGAAGAGAGCAUAAGAAAUUUUUACAGUGAUUCUCCUCAUCUGCUCUACCUGUUGGAGCUGACAUGGACCGACGCCAAGCUGAUCCUCCAAAUGAUGUGUGAGCUCAACGUGCUGCCGCUGGCGCUACAGAUCACCAACAUUGCCGGCAACAUCAUGUCACGUACUCUAAUGGGCGGUCGGUCUGAAAGAAACGAGUUCCUGUUGCUUCACGCCUUCCACGACAAGAACUACAUCGUCCCAGACAAACCGUCCUUUAAGAAAAUGCAGAUGGACAUGCAUGAAGGAGAAGACGACGUUGAGACUGGGAAAGGGAAGCGUAAGAAGAAGGCCGCCUAUGCCGGAGGGCUGGUGCUUGAUCCUAAAGUUGGUUUCUACGACAAGUUUGUGCUGCUGCUCGACUUCAACAGCCUGUAUCCGUCCAUCAUACAAGAGUUUAACAUCUGCUUCACCACCGUGCAGCGGGAGGCUUCCCGAAAGCAAAAGAUAAGUCAGGAGGAUAAGCCAGAAGAGAUCCCUGAGAUUCCAGAUUGUGACCUGGAAAUGGGAAUCUUGCCCAAGGAGAUCAGAAAGCUGGUGGAACGGCGCAAACAGGUUAAACAGCUAAUGAAACAACACGACAUCAACCCGGACCUUUACCUGCAGUAUGACAUCCGCCAGAAGGCAUUGAAGCUAACUGCUAACAGCAUGUACGGCUGCUUGGGAUUUAGUUACAGUCGCUUCUAUGCCAAACCACUGGCUGCCCUGGUCACACACAAGGGCAGGGAGAUUCUGAUGCACACCAAAGACAUGGUUCAAAAGAUGAACCUGGAGGUCAUCUAUGGAGACACUGACUCCAUUAUGAUAUACACCAACAGCCAGUCGUUGGAAGAAGUCUUCAAGCUGGGCAACAAGGUGAAAGCAGAAGUGAACAAGCUGUACAAACUGCUAGAGAUUGACAUUGAUGGAGUGUUUAAGUCACUUCUGCUGCUGAAGAAGAAGAAAUAUGCAGCUCUGGUGGUGGAGCAGCAUGGCGAUGGGCGCUACAGCGUCAAGCAGGAAGUUAAAGGCCUGGACAUAGUUCGGCGAGAUUGGUGUGAUCUGGCCAAGGAAUGUGGCAACUAUGUUAUUGGUCAGAUCCUGUCAGACCAGAGUCGUGACAUCAUUGUGGAGAACAUUCAGAAACACCUCGUGGAAGUGGGGGAGAAGGUAGCGUGUGGGGCGAUACCUUUACAACAGUAUGAGAUAAACAAGGCACUGACCAAAGAUCCUCAGGACUACCCAGAUAAGAAGAGUCUACCCCAUGUCCACGUCGCUCUGUGGAUUAACUCCCAGGGAGGACGCAGGGUCAAAGCUGGCAACACAGUCGCUUAUAUCAUCUGCAAGGAUGGCUCCACAUUGGCAGCCAGUCAAAGAGCGUACGCUUUAGAGCAACUCCAGAAGCAAGAUGGUCUCAGUCUGGACACACAGUACUAUCUGGCCCAACAGAUCUACCCCGUGGUGUCCCGCAUCUGCGAACCCAUUGAGGGCAUCGAUGGCGUGCUCAUAGCCACGUGGCUGGGUCUGGACCCCAGUCAGUUCCGGUCUCAUCAGCAACACCAGAGAGAGGAGGAGGGCGAUAGCACUCUGGGAGGACCGAUCCAACUGACCGAUGAGGAGCGCUACAAAGACUGUGAGAGAUUCACUUUCACCUGCCCUCAGUGUGGGAAGGAGAACAUUUAUGAGAGCGUAUUUGAAGGAGCUGGGUCAAAGUUGGAACCCAGCUUUUUGCGAUGCAGUCACGUGCCUUGUGGCGGCCGCCCCCUCGACUACGCUUUCAACAUCAGCAACAAACUGCUUCUUGACAUCCGACGCCACAUCAAGAAAUACUACUCUGGCUGGUUGGUGUGUGAGGACCAGGCUUGUCAGAACAGGAUCAGGCGCUUGCCCAUUGCCUUCUCUCGCCACGGACCCAUCUGCCCAGCCUGCAGCAGAGCGACUCUCCGGCCCGAGUAUUCGGAGAAGGCCCUGUACAACCAGAUCUGCUUCUACAGGUUCAUCUUCGACUGGGAACAUGCAGUGGCCAAAGUAUUGCAGGGGGAAGAAAAAGCUCGCGCCGGCUGGUGGAACAAAGAAAAGGAGGUGUACCGGAAGCUGAAGGAAGUGCCAGAGAAAGCGCUCACCGCCAGUGGCUAUUCGGAAAUUAACCUAGCCAAACUCUUCCAAGCCUUCUCUUCCCUCAAGUAAAAAUGGGAUGUUGGGAUUAUCUUUCUUUGUCCAUCUAAUGGUUCUGGUAGACAUUUUAAAGCCCAAUCAAUCGCACCCCUCACGUAUUGACCCCCCCCCCCCCCCCCAUCAUCCAUAGAAACAGGCGAGUAAUCACAUCUGAAUGACAGUCUACAGACUAUCCCCGCUUGUGUGUGCGUGCAAAAAUGACUUACCUCCAGAGAAGCUCAGUAUAGUCCAAAAGCCUCUAAUUAAAUAAUGAUAGCGACCUCGGCCACUCGUAGUACUGGAUCCCUGAAACCAAUGAACACUUGUUCUGAUUACCUCCAUUCAUCCUCCACGUGUGUGUACAUGUCAGGAUGACAAAGGAUGCAGGAGUUGACUUGUGUGAGGGGAGGCCACAUAUGUAGCCGUCCCCUCACUCUUUUGUCUCGCUAUCGAACCGCAAUUCGUCUUCUGCGCUGCCUCUGUUUAACUGUUUUCAUCCCUUUUCACUUUUCUUCCUCACUCCGCCCCAACUUGUCAGAUUGUCACUUCACAUUGUGUUUUUAACGCUCGUCAUUUUCUCUUAGUAUUGUAAUUACUAGAGCCGUUUGUGUUGUCGUUUUUGUAUACUCUGAUAAUCUGUUUGAUACUGAAAUAAUAAAAAGAUAAGUAAA